GAGAAAGAGAGGAAGAGGCCAAGUCAAGCUUUGAAGUUUUUUUUUUAUAUUUAUUUUUCUCAUUUCAUCCGUUUUCCUGUGUUCGUCAUGGCACUGCUCUCCGAUCUCAUCAACUUGAACCUCUCUGAGACCACUGAGAAGGUGAUUGUAGAGUACAUAUGGGUUGGUGGAUCUGGUAUGGACCUUAGAAGCAAAGCCAGGACCCUUUCUGGACCAGUUAGCGAUCCUGCAAAGCUUCCCAAAUGGAACUAUGAUGGUUCUAGCACUGGCCAAGCUCCGGGGGAAGACAGUGAAGUUAUUCUAUAUCCUCAAGCAAUUUUCAAGGACCCAUUCAGGAGAGGCAACAACAUUCUUGUGAUGUGUGAUACUUAUACCCCUGCCGGAGAGCCAAUUCCGACCAAUAAGAGGUGUAAUGCUGCAAAGAUUUUCAGCCACCCUGAUGUUGCAGCUGAAGUGCCUUGGUAUGGUAUUGAGCAGGAGUAUACUUUGUUGCAGAAAGAGGUAAAAUGGCCAAUUGGCUGGCCUGUGGGCGGUUUUCCUGGACCUCAGGGACCAUACUAUUGUGGUAUUGGUGCUGACAAAGCUUGGGGCCGUGACAUUGUUGAUGCACAUUACAAAGCGUGCCUUUAUGCUGGCAUCAACAUCAGUGGAAUCAAUGGAGAAGUGAUGCCAGGCCAGUGGGAAUACCAAGUUGGCCCUUCUGUUGGCAUCUCUGCAGGAGAUGAAUUAUGGGUGUCUCGUUAUAUUCUUGAGAGGAUCACAGAGAUUGCUGGGGUGGUGCUUUCUUUUGACCCGAAACCCAUCCAGGGUGAUUGGAAUGGAGCGGGUGCGCACACAAAUUACAGCACCAAGUCGAUGAGAAAUGAUGGAGGGUUUGAAGUCAUCAAAAAAGCCAUUGAAAAGCUUGGGCUGAGGCACAAGGAACACAUUGCAGCUUAUGGAGAAGGCAAUGAACGCCGUCUCACUGGACGACAUGAAACUGCUGACAUCAACACAUUCUUAUGGGGAGUGGCAAACCGAGGAGCCUCCAUUAGAGUUGGAAGAGACACAGAGAAAGCUGGGAAAGGAUAUUUUGAGGACAGAAGGCCUGCUUCAAACAUGGAUCCUUAUGUGGUCACCUCCAUGAUUGCAGAAACUACCAUCCUCUGGAAGCCAUAAGACACCCAUCUCCUCCGUCCCAACAGGCUUGUGGGAUUGUCUUGUUGGAAUUUCCUGUGAAAAUUGUCUCCUUAGAACUGCUUGUCCUGGUUUAAUAGCUUCCAUGUGUUUGGAUUACGAUAAAGAUCAGUCUCAUAAAAUAAGAGGCUAUUGGGGUUGCUCCAAUUUCGAUCAUUUUAUGCUGUCUUAUGUAUUAUGCUACGGAAAUAUCAUCAUAUGAUUUAAUGUCGUAUUGGUUAGGCCACCUCUAUUUACUAU